AUGUGCGGAUCACCACACGAGGGAAAUAGAGUAGCAGAGGCGGAUCUAACCCUGGACAUGAAUGCAGGUGCGGUAAAUGAGAUUCCUAGAAUUUCUGAAGAUCUUACAUAUUAUAUCUGUUGCACGUUCAAAAACAAUUUGACCCCCAUGUCGUCGAUAUUCGCCGUCAAAGAUCCACCCUCGCUCGUUCUCGCUCAUGAUUUUCUCAAUCUUAGCCCGAAAUUCAUCUGCUGGGGUCUCUUUCCACCUGGGCUCCCAGAAGUAACGGUCCAAGGAAAAAUGCGGAAGAUUCAAGAUUGA